CACAGCACCAACCCACCACGACAAUGCUCACGACGAGGACCGCAGCCUGUGUCCUGCUUGCCGGGAUGCUCGCGCACGCCGCACCUGUCCGCGAGGGACUCGCCCGCCACGACUUGGUCCCGCGCGACGACGACACCACCACCACCGUCGCAUGGAAGGACAUGACCCCCGGGCAGAAGGCGGGCACAGUCGUCGUAUACGUGAUUUUCGGCCUCGUGGGCUGUGGCAUGCUCGUUAUCUUCUGUGCCUUGGCAUACCACAUCUGCUGCGACUUUGGGGGAGACUUCAAAGACGCGUUCUCGCGCCGGAUGAAGGGGGUGGGUAACGUCGCGCGGGAUGCCUGGGAAGUACCCAAGGCACUCUGGGGUGUGGUCACCAAGGUCUCCGCCAUGGCCUGGGGCACCGUGACCACCCGUUCGAUCAACGCAUGGACAUCGACCAAGAACACGUGCGGGUCGGCCGUGACCCGCGUCAAGACGAGCUUCGCCAAGAAGCCCACAUGUGACUCAGAGAUACCAAUGGCUCUCGACCUCGACGACGAUGUCAAGAAGACGGCCGCGGCCUCCAUCGAGUGGGACAAGGCAAGCCUCAUGAGCUACGAGUCGACCGAGUCCGCCGUCGCGCCGAGCUACCACACCGAUGAGGCCAAAGUUGGUGCUUAUGCCGAGGAGAAGUAGAACAUCUGACUGCUAGACACAUCUUAGACCCAGUUUCGCAUAGAUCAAGCUUCUCGUUUGAACCAUAGAUGCCUCCUGACCGUAGUGCUCCCGAUGAACCAUCAUUGUUGUAUC